AUGAUCCGAACACACGCACAACGUAGGUUCUUCCAUUCCCUCACAAGAACAUCUUCUGAGGCGCCAUUUCUAUCCUUGACAAAUCCAAGGAAUUACCCUCUCGAGUCCCUGGCCCUCCUCUCUUCUUGCAAAGACUUGAACUCUCUCCUGCAAAUCCAUGCCCAUUUCAUUAUCUCAGGUUUCAAUCCUAACAACUCGACAUAUACCCAUCUCAUUAAUUUGUACUCGUCCUUCAAAAAACCCGAUUAUGCUCGCUCUGUAUUCAAUUCUACACCGAACCCAGCUGUGAUUUUAUGGAACUCAAUGAUCAGAGCUUAUAUAAGGUCAAACCAGCAAGAAGAAGCUCUUAAAAUAUACGGUUACAUGUUGGAAAAACAGUUACAACCAGACAAGUACACAUUCACUUUUCUACUCAAAGCUUGUGCUGAAUUAUUGGAUUUAGAAGAGGGUGUUUCCAUUCAUCGAGAAAUAGUUGAUAAGGGUCUGGAAUGUGAUGUGUUCAUUGGGACUGGGCUUGUGGAUAUGUACUGUAAAACGGGUGAUUUAGAAAGUGCAAGAAGAGUGUUUGAUAAAAUGUCAAACAAGGAUAUAGUGGCCUAUAAUGCAAUGCUUUCAGGUUUGUCCCAAAGCUCGAAUCCUAAAGAGGCAGUGGGGUUCUUUAGGCAAAUGCAAGUGGGUGGUGGUGGUAUGGAGCCUAAUUCAGUGAGCUUACUGAAUUUGUUGCCUGCAAUAUCAAAAUUAAUGGAUAUCAAAUCUUGCAAGUCUAUCCAUGGAUAUGUGGUUAGAAGGGUUUUCCCAACUGCUGUUUUGAAUGGGUUAAUUGAUUUGUACUCUAAAUGUGGAUACGCAGAUAUUGCUAGGGUGAUUUUUCGUCAGAUGUGGGGCCGAGAUGAAGUUUCUUGGGGUACGAUGAUGGCAGGGUAUGCACAUAAUGGAAGUUUUUGCGAGGUUUUAGAGUUAUUUGAUCAGAUGAGACUGGAGAAUUUGAAAAUGAAUAAGGUAUCAGCUGUGAGUGCUUUGUUGGCAGCUGCUGAAAUGAGGAACUUAGAAAAGGGGAUGGAGAUUCAUGAUUGUGUUAUGCAACAACGGCUUGAUUCAGAUAUUGUGGUGGCUACUCCUAUAAUGACAAUGUACGCCAAGUGUGGAGAGUUUGAGAUGGCUAAAGAGUUGUUAAGGAGACUUGAGGGGAGAGAUUUAAUUGCUUGGUCUGCGAUUAUAGCUGCUUUUGCACAAUCUGGGUGUGCUGAAGAAGCACUCUCUCUAUUUCGAGAAAUGCAUAAUGAGAAUUGGAAGCCAAAUAGGGUAACUCUAGUUAGUGUUCUUCCAGCCUGUGCAGAAUUAUUGUCUUUGAAACUAGGGAAGAGCUUACACUGCUAUGCUAUCAGGGUUGGUAUUGAUUCUGAUAGUUUAACAGGAACAGCACUAGUUUCCAUGUAUGCUAAAAGUGACCACUUAACUUCGGCCGUGAUUAUAUUCAAUAGGCUGCCACAUAAAGAGGUGGUGACAUGGAAUGCUUUGAUAAAUGGGUAUGCUCAGAUAGGCGACCCCUACCAUGCAAUGGAAAUGUAUCACCAAUUACAGUUAUCUGAGAUACUCCCGGACGCAGGAACAAUGGUGGGUGUUGUUCCAGCCUGCACCCUCUUAGGUGACUUGGACCGAGGGGCUUGUAUUCAUGGGCAAACUAUUAAGGGCGGGUUUGAGUCAGACUGUCAUGUGAAUAAUGCACUCAUUGACAUGUACGCAAAAUGUGGAAGCCUUUGGUCAGCAGAAUUUUUGUUCAGAAAAGCUGAAUUCCUUAAAGAUGAGAUAUCCUGGAACACAAUGAUUGCAAGGUUAGAAGGGGUUUGUGCUGGCUUAAGUACUUAA